AUCCGACAACAAACUUAAAUUAGUGAGUUAACUUGUUUCAAAUCUGGAUCCUUUCGAUCCCCGCUUACAAAAGUGAAGGUAUGGCCCGUGGGUCCGCAGUCUAUCUCUGACAGAGUGUUGGGUUUGACCGUUUCAAAAUUUGACUCUACCAAAAUGCUACCGAAGUUAUUUGUCAGUUUGCUCUUGAUUUGGAGUGUGCAAUGUUUUCCUGACGGUGCGCCGAUAGACGCGUGCGUGAAGGAUCGCCCUAACCAGCCUAAUCAUGGUCAACACAGAACACAACCUCUGUCGACGUUACCUUACAGAGUAGUGGCUUCCUCGUCAGCAUAUGGACCAAGUUCUGCUAUCACAGUGACCAUAGAAGGAGCAGAGCCAUUCAAGGGCUUCUUCAUCCAAGCGCGAUCCGUAGAAACGGACCAAUGGCUUGGGUCCUGGGAGCAGGCUCCAAACACUACCGUUCAUCCAGAGUGUUCUUCCAUUACACACGCUGAUCCAAAGAACAAGGCGCGAGCGACAUUCGUAUGGAGAGCUCCGCCUAAUGCUCACGGAAGAGUGUAUUUCACGGGCACAGUGUUGAAGAAUUAUGGAACCUUCUGGUCGGGACUGGUAGCAGAGGCACCGCAGGACCCAGUGCAGCUUCAAAAUUUGGGCUAAAGCUUGACUGAUAUAGUCUGCAAUAAGAUUUUUAAGAAGGGAAGCAUCCCGUCCGUCCAUUGGAAUCCCCCAUCAUUAACACAUGCUACAGUCAGCAUCAAAAUCAUCAGAGUGAUCAGAGUUCGAAAAACGAUUUUUUAAUGAGACCAAGUAACGGGACGAACAAGUUGUGUGUAAGGCACACGCCUGUCCUUAACAGUUGCAAUGCCACUCAGAGCUUUAAAUCACUAAGAUCUGAGGGGCACUGCCACUGCGCCCGUCACUCUGAGCCAAGUUGUCAAUACCCCUGUGCCUGUAAUUUAAUAUUUAUAUUUAAUAUAAGGCAACAUUUAUUCAAUGAAUUAACAAUUUUUAUAUUAACUAACAGUUUUGAUCCUUUUUGUAAUGUUAUUUUUGAACUCAUUCAAUGCUCAGAUGAUUUUGAAUCUUAUUGUACACGCAUAUUAGUAAGUGCUAGACAAGUACUCGUAUCGAAAAUUUUACAUCCCACAAGAAAAUACCAGUUAUGUACUUUGCUAUCUAACCGUUUAAACACGGAUACAUAGGCCUCAUUUAUUGAAAAUAAUAAUAUCAAGCUUUAAUAUGUAUGCCGAUUUAUAAUAGCUACCCACCUACCCAACUUACCAUAUCCUUUUUCAUCCAAA